AUGGACCCGCAGCCCCACAAGCCAAUCCUCAAACGCAAACUCUCAGACACAACACCGUCGCCCGACGCAAGCCGCACCAAAAAACCUCGAGUAGCGUUCAACGAUGAGAUCCAAGAGCAUGCGCUGCCCGGCUUCAAGGAGAAGGGCAUGGACCUCGUCCGCGAGGAGGUGAAGCGAGCCCUGGUCCAGCGCGCAGACAGCGACGACAGCGCCGCCUACGACCAGAUUGUCCGGCUGUUCAAGGUGAAGCCCAUGGACGAAGACGCCCCGACCAGCAGCCUGUUGCGGAAAUACCUGAUUGCUCUGACGUCUGAGAGUGCGCGGCUGGACCGGAAGUUCUCGGGUGUUGUGUACGCCGUGCUUGGGUGCAACUGGGCGAUCCGGGAUGACGCUUUUGUGCGGGCGUUUCGCGCUUUCAUUCAGACUGUGGGUACGGCUCAUAUGGGGUACUGUGAGGCCAUGUACAAGGAGGUUGCCUCUAUAUUCAGUCAUCCUCCCCGUGCCAGUUGGCGACACCCGGACGAUCCAACCAUCACACGGACAGAGAUCUGGGAGCGAGCUCACACUUGUCUUGAAGAUAUAUAUACCAAGGUCCCAUCUUCGGCAACUACACUCAAACAUAUACUCGACGAAGGAUUUCCGCACAUUGACGAUUCCACCAAAUAUCUGGCAAACUAUAUAAGCAAUCUUUUCAAAGUUGCCGGCCAUCACACCAGUCUUAAUGGCGAGAUACAACGACUUAUUAUGCAGCAGCUAGUGAAGAUUGACAACGCUAUCCAGGCGGACCUUGACGAGCUCGAAGACGGUGUUGGCGAGGACCUUGUCAAUGAAAUGAACGACGAUAUCAAAGACGACGAUGUCGACUCGGAUAGCGACGGGGAAUCAGUCUCGAGCGACGGAAGUGAUGAAGACGACGAAGCCCAGCGGCUCGCGAUCCUCAAGGAAAAGGCCAAAAAGCUCGAUACACUACUUGACAUGGUCUUUUCCCACUACCAUGACAUCUUUGUGCACGGUGGCUACGCCUCCAACGCGUCCUUUACUUUCCUCCUGAACCAAUUCGCCUCGGAUAUCCUCUCCACCGAACGCACCCGUCACGUCCAAUUCCUCCUCUUCCACUACGCCCAAACCCGACCUGACUUCGCCGAGGCCUUCAUCUCCCGCACGGCCCACAUCACCAUCGACUCGACCCACUCACGCUCGACAAUGGAGCGCAUCGCUGCAGCAUCAUACCUCGCCUCCUUCGUGGCCCGAGGAGCACACAUCUCCGCCCCAGUUGUCCGCACCCUCUUCGCCCUCCUCACAGACUGCGUCGACCGCUACCGCCGCCACAACGAAGCGACCUGCCCCGGGCCCGAUCGCGCGCGCUACGCCCCCUUCUACGCGCAAGUGCAAGCCCUCCUCUACAUCUUCUGCUUCCGCUGGCGCGACCUUAUCUGCACACGCUCGCCGCGCAACGCAGAGACAUUCGCAAACUGCUCCACGCCCGACAUCGCCCUCGCAGAAGGCCACGACUUUGACUGGCACGCCGACGUCCGCGCCAAGCUCGACCGCACCCUGCUCCACUCGCGCUUCAACCCACUCAAGGUCUGCGCACCCGACGUCGUCGCCCAGUUCGCCCGCAUCGCAAACUUCACCCAGUUCAGCUACGUCUACUCCAAGCUGCAGACGAACAUGCGUGUCCGCCUCGGCCACAUGCCCGGCUCUGGACCCAACGGGUCUGGCGGUGUGGGCGCGUUGUCGUCGGGAGGAGGAGGAGGCGCGAGUAAGGUGCAGAUUGGCGCGCGCGAAACGGCGCUUAGUGGGCGUUCUGGCGACGCGCAGUUUCAGCUCGAGAGCUAUUUCCCCUUUGAUCCGUAUCGGCUGCCGAGGAGUAAGAGGUGGUUGGUUGGCGACUAUGUCGAGUGGAAGCGGAUUCCGGGGCUGGAUGAUGCUGAGGAGGAGGAGGAGGAGGAUAGCGAGGAUAGCGAGGAUAGCGAGGAUGAUGAUGAUGAUGAGGAGGAGGAGGGGGAGGAGGAUGUUGAUGGGAGUGAUGGUGGCGAAGGUGAGGAUGAGAACGAGGUGGACGAGGAAGGCACGGCGACGGAGACGGAGACGAGCAUGUGA